GUAAUAUACGGGUCCAAGCUAGCUCUGGAUAUGCUCAAGAACUUAUAGUAGACGCCUACUGCAUUUGACAGCUACUAAUAAAGUGAUUGUGGUGUAUUCCACAUCCAAAGUCAAAGUAGCCCUGUAAUUUUCCUUCUCAGAGGGUUUUCCUGCACACAGUGAUGGAUAUUACGGGUCUGCUGCAAGCAGCUUUGAAACGCGCGGUCCUGCUACGAGAAUGUGCAACCCCAUCCAGUGCACCCGAGACGGAGGCUCCACAUCGCAGAUGGAUCCAAACUAAGACCCAACCCGCCCACGCUGCGCCAGGUCCGACCUCAGUGUCUGAUGUGAGUUCCCAACCCCAUCCCACCACGGUCCAGCCACCACGCAUCCAAGCCACCGAUAUGCAACUCUUGAAAAAUUCACCCCACGGCUCACGCACUCAUCGCCAGUCGCCCUGCAGCCAGUCUGCCCAGAUGCCCUGCCCAGCCCAGCCACCGCCUCACCCUCACCCUGCACUUCCCGUACCAGCCCUUCCCGUGUUUGACGCAGCUAGUGACCUGCGCUUCUGGGGAGUAAACGCGGCACUACGCUGCAUACCUUGGAGUGCGCACGCCAUCCGACGCAACCACUGGCUCGGCCAGACCAUCCAGCAACCUGGACAGGUUUUCGUUGAUUUCAACGAACCCGCGAAAUGGAGGGUAGGCGGGGGCAGGUUUGUGCGUGGGGUGAGACAGUCGGUUGGAUCUGCAGGACGGGACGCUGCCUGAGAGAUGGACUUGGUAGUUUGUCUCGGUUUCGGGAGAGGGAACGUCCCUGUGGUGUAGCUGCGACUCGGACGUGAAGACAAGAGACUUUCAUUACAUGUACAUCGUAACCUCGUGACUGCCAAUGCCACGGCCCUGCUGGCUCGCCGUUGCUAGCUGUAUACACACGUCUCCCUCUCCU